UAUUAUUUAAUGACAGAAUUUUGUGAUCAAAUAGUCACAUCUUAAAUUAUUCAUGAUGUUAUCAAAAGAGCACCUAAAGUAGAUUCAAAAACCAUUUACUACAAGGUUUACUUAAAAAACACAGACAUUGAACCUCAUCUGUAAAUUUUAUAAAAUUUAUUUUGAAUGUAUUAGUGCCUGGGAUACAGUCAAAUACACAUUUGAAUUUGUAAAGAUCGAUUUAAUUAAUGGAACUGAAGAAUCACAUGAAUUUACAAGAAGGUUAUUCUAUCAUAAAAUUCUAGAUUUUCACAUUUUGAAUGGUUACAAAAUGAGUUAGAAAUUAAACACAUUGGUAGAAUUAUACCAAGUUUACCUGAAAAAACUAAAAGUUAUGAUAAAGAUAAAAGGUAAAUUCAUUAUUAUAAUUAUUAUAGAAAGUAUGAGUUUGUAUAUUAUAUGUAAAAGUUGCUUAAUCAUAAAUUAUUAAAAAAUGUGGAUGUUUUAUAGAAAUUUUUUAGUAAAGAAUUAAGAGUAUUAUAUUUUAUUUAUAUAAUUAGGAUUUCAAUGAUUUUUAAGAAUAUAUAAACAAAAUUAGUUAAUCUAAAACUAUUUUCAAUAGAAUUAUAAAUACUGGAGCCUAAUUUGUAACAUUGUUUUAAAAAUGUGUUAGUUUAGGUAAUACUUAAUUCAUACCAAGACUUCCUGAUUAAUAAGAUUAAUAUUUUGAAGAAGGUAAUUUUUUAUAUUAAUCUUGAGUUUUGAAGGAGUUAUAAUUUAAUAGGUAAUAAACUGAUAUAAUAUGUUCUGAUAUGUAAAAAAUGGUUUAAAAACUAUUUAUGUAAUCUAAAUCAUUGAUAAUUAGUUAAGAUAUAUUUAGUAAUAAAAUAAAAUUUAUUUAGUGAUUGAUUGUUAACAAACUGAUGAAUUUAUGAAAUUAAAAAAGAUUUCAAAGCUUUAUGAAACAUGUUGUAUUCAAUUGAAAGAAAAGUUCAUUUAUUAACUAGAAACCUGCAUUAGAGAUUACGAUUCAGCUAUAAAAAUUAUAAAUUAGCACAAAGAAUUAAAAGAUUAAAUUAAUAAAGAUUCUUAAUCAAUUAAUAAUAUUACUUUAGGUAAAACAAAAUUAGAGGAAUUAAAAUAUUCAAUAAAUAAUAAUAAAUAAAAAGUUGAAUAAAUUCAAACAAAUUUUAUAGAUGAUUUGCCAAUAUUUUAAUAAUCUUAAUAAAUAUAAUUAAAGGAGAUAUAAUAAAACUUUCAUUAAGAACUAUCAGAAUUUUAUUUUUCAAUAAAAAACUUAAAAUAAUUAUGA